AUGGGAAAUACGACAAUUUCGGCGCAAACUGCAACUAACAGAACAAAAGAUAAACCGUCUACAACACCUGGUUCGGGACUGACAACCGAGAAGUCAAGCGAGUAUCGUCCAACCAUGAAACAAAUACGGAAAAAGGCGUCUUUCCAACUUAUGGUCAUAAGCAUUUGUAUGGUUUGCGUGUUAUCCUUCCAAUUGAUCUUCAUUAAUAUGCUACGGAAGGCUCACCGAGAACGCUAUGAAUACAUGCUCGCAUUUAUGCCAGAGAAACGUUGGCUAAACAAGAAUCUAGUUCAUCAAGUACCUUAG